GAUGCAUGGCUGCGUCUAUAUUAAUCGCUAGUAAGGGGACAGUGCCACGUGCGUAGGACCUCUUUUUCCUCUUCUUCUUCCCCCGCAUUUGCUCUUUAACAAAAUCGAUCUCCAAUAUUUCUCAUUACCCUGAAAUCUUCUCUCUAUAUAAUUUAUAAAUCCCUUUCUUCCUUCUUUCCUCAUCUUAUCAAUUACCCAUCACUAUCUGCAUCUCCCUCCCUUUCAUACUUCAAUCCCCUCCACACAAGCCGGACUCUCUCUUUCCACAAAUUAGAUCAAUUAAAGCAGGCCGCCGGCCGGUACAUGAGAUCAGCUCUUCCUAACCCAGAUUCCAAACCAUGUUGUUGGACUUUGAUCCCACGGACGACCAAGCAGGCUUCAAGAUCUUGGAGCAGUUAACUUCCGAUGCCGGGAGAAUGCAAGAAGAGGUUUUGAAAGAGAUAGUUUCCCAGAAUGCAAAUACCGAGUAUUUGAGGGACUUUGAUAUUCUUCUCGGUCAUCAUCAUAAACAAGCCUUCAAGACAAAGGUUCCCAUCGUUAGCUAUGAGGAUAUCAAACCCAUCAUCGAACGGAUUGCCAAUGGAGAACCUUCCCAUAUCAUCUCUUCCCAACUCAUCACCGAACUUCUCACCAGCUCAGGAACAUCUGGAGGUCAGCCAAAGUUGAUGCCCUCUACUGCUCAAGAAUUGAACAGGAAGACUUUCUUCUAUAACCUCCUCAUACCGGUCAUGAACAAAUAUAUAGCAGGUCUAGACAAAGGAAAGGCCAUGUACCUGUUGUUUACAAAACCGGAGAUGACAACUCCAAGCGGUUUAAAGGCUAGACCGGUCCUGACGAGUUACUACCACAGCUCCCAUUUCAAGAACCGCCCCUUCAAUCCAUACAACGUUUACACCAGUCCCGACGCGACCAUCCUCUGCUCCGACAGCAAACAGAGCAUGUUCUGCCAACUCCUCUGCGGCCUAGUGAACCGCCACGAUGUCCUAAGAGUGGGCGCGGUUUUCGCCUCCGCCCUCCUCCGAGCUAUUAAAUUCCUAGAGGACCAUCACCAAGAAUUCAUCAACAAUAUCCGUUCCGGCCAUCUGAGCGAAUGGGUAACCGACCCUGGCUGUCGCGAAGUCAUGGCCUCUGAUGCGUUAACCCGCCCCGAUCCCGAUGCUGCGGCCGCGAUCGAGGCGGAGUGCCGCAGCAGCAGUUAUUCUUGGGAAGGGAUUAUAAAACGUUUGUGGCCGAGGACCAAGUAUGUGGAGGUGAUAGUUACCGGAUCAAUGGCGCAAUAUAUUCCCACGCUCGAAUUCUAUUGCGGUGGGCUGCCUUUGGUUUCCACUAUGUAUGGCUCGUCCGAGUGUUACUUCGGGAUCAACCUUAGACCGUUGAGCAAACCGAAAGAUGUCUCGUAUACAUUGCUUCCAAACAUGGCUUAUUUCGAGUUUAUUCCCGUUGAAAAGGAUCAUGUUAUUCUCGAUGGAUGCGGUAAUAAUCAUCAUGCUCAUGAUGAUCCAGUUGAUCGUCUUGCAACUCAAACUGUUGACCUAGUGGAUGUCAAAAUCGGCCGGUACUAUGAACUUGUGGUCACCACCUACACGGGACUAUACAGGUAUAAAGUUGGAGACAUCCUAAAAGUGACCGGAUUCUACAACAAUGCCCCGGAAUUCCAGUUUGUCCAGCGUAGAAACGUAGUCCUAAGCAUUGACACGGACAAGACUAAUGAGGAAGAUCUCCUUAACGCAGUCGCGAGAGCGAAGCUUAUCGUGGAGCCUCUCGGCUUCCUUUUGGCGGAGUACACGGCGUAUGCUGAUACGUCGUCUGUACCCGGCCAUUACGUUCUCUUCUGGGAACUCAUCCAACUGGUGAAUUUCAAUCAUGAAAAGAACGGGCUCGGUCCCGGUCCGGUGGGUCGUGGUUUCGCGAUCGAAGCGUCGAUUAUGGAAAAGUGUUGUGCGACUAUUGAAGAGUCGUUGGAUUCGGUUUAUAGGAGGUGUAGGAAAAAGGACGGGUCGAUAGGCCCAUUGGAGAUACGGGUGGUGGGAAAGGGUGGUUUCGACGCGCUUAUGGACUAUUGCUUAUCACAAGGGUCCUCGGUUAAUCAGUACAAGACACCUAGGUGCAUCAAGUCGGAGGAAGCAAUAAGGAUAUUGGAUUCUAGGAUUGUGGGAAGCUUUUUCAGUAGAGAUGCUCCUUCAUGGGAACCCAAAUUCAAUUAUCUUAAUAAUUAAUUGAUGUUUACCAUAUUCAUAAUACUACAUUUACCAUAUUUGAAAACACUCCUUUUUACCCUUUAUUUUCAUUGAUAUCAUAUUCUCGUU